AUGAGAGAAAUAGUAUGUUGACUUCCACAUAUGAUUCAGCGAGAAAGGGCCAUUUUUGGUGCUGUCUCAGCAAUAUCAAAUUAAAGUGUUGCCUUCGCCCACACGUCGUGGCUGAUUCGACGUGUUUCUGUUUGAAAACAACCGACUUGAGCUACGUGGUGACAACGCUUUCUUGCGUCUAUCUGUCAUUCUUUCGCUCAUUCCUUUCCUCCCUGCCUCCUCUUGGACAGGAGUACUAACUGUGCUUUUUUAGAUUCAUUUAUCGACUGGUCAAUGUGGUAAUCAAAUCGUACGUAUUCUUACCUUCACACACACACACACCACCAAAUUCGAAAUUACCGCCAUCGAGUCAAUCCUCACAUACUAACUGAAAUUUUUUGUCUAGGGCGCUGCAUUUUGGGACACCAUUUGCGGUGAGCAUGGUUUAGACAACAACGGGAACUACAUUGGAGACAACGAGUUGCAAAAAUCCAAGUUGGACGUUUACUUCAAUGAGGCAAGCUCAGGAAAAUACGUCCCGAGGGCGGUCUUGGUCGAUUUGGAGCCAGGCACCAUAGACAACGUCAAGACUUCGGGAAUUGGUAAUUUAUUCAGACCCGAUAACUACAUUUUCGGACAAAGCUCGGCUGGCAACGUGUGGGCCAAAGGCCACUACACUGAAGGUGCCGAAUUGGUAGACUCCGUUUUGGAUGUCGUUAGAAGAGAAGCAGAAGGCUGCGAUUCUUUACAAGGCUUCCAAAUCACCCAUUCUUUGGGUGGAGGUACCGGCUCUGGUAUGGGUACAUUAUUAAUUUCCAAGAUUAGAGAGGAGUUCCCCGACAGAAUGAUGGCUACUUUCUCAGUGGUUCCAUCGCCAAAGGUUUCAGACACAGUGAUCGAGCCAUAUAAUGCAACAUUGUCGGUUCACCAAUUGGUGGAGAACUCGGACGAAACUUUCUGCAUUGAUAACGAAGCUUUAUACAACAUUUGCCAGAAAACGUUGAAAUUACCUCAACCUUCUUACGACCAGUUGAACAAGUUGGUGUCUUCAGUCAUGUCUGGUGUCACCACCUCUUUGCGUUACCCCGGUCAAUUGAACUCCGAUUUGAGAAAAUUGGCUGUGAAUUUGGUUCCAUUCCCAAGAUUGCACUUUUUCAUGGUGGGUUACGCUCCAUUGACCUCGAUGGGAUCGAAGUCGUUUAGGUCAGUCACUGUUCCUGAAUUGACACAACAAAUGUUUGACUCCAAGAACAUGAUGGCUGCUUCCGACCCUAAAAACGGUCGUUACUUGACGGUUGCCGCCUUCUUUAGAGGUAAAGUGUCUGUUAAAGAGGUGGAAGACGAGAUGCACAAGAUCCAAACGAGAAACUCUUCAUACUUUGUUGAGUGGAUUCCAAACAACGUCCAGACUGCUGUAUGUUCGGUUCCACCUAGAGACUUGGAUAUGUCUGCCACUUUUAUUGGUAACUCGACAUCGAUCCAAGAGUUAUUCAAGAGAGUCGGUGACCAAUUCAGCGCCAUGUUUAGAAGAAAGGCGUUUUUGCACUGGUACACUUCCGAAGGUAUGGACGAAAUGGAAUUCACCGAGGCCGAGUCAAACAUGAAUGACUUGGUCAGUGAAUACCAGCAGUACCAAGAGGCCAGCAUCGAUGAAGAAGAAUUGGAUUACCCUGACGAAAUUCCAAUGGAAGAGGCUGCUUUGGAAUAG